AUGGGGGUCACCAUUGAAGAACUUUGCUGUAGCAGUAAAACCCAGAAAUACCUAGUCACCAUCCACCACCGCCUUGUCCAGGCCACGGUUACCUCCUCACGGACUGUGGUAGACAGGUGGAUCAAAGACCACCUUCAAGCUCCAUGCCACCAUCACCAGAAAAUUGUUGGCCUUGACAUAGAAUGGCGUCCAACUUUCAUACGCGGCAGCAGCCAGAAUCCGGUGGGAAUACUCCAACUCUGCAUCAGCAAAAGCUGCCUCAUCUUCCAAAUUUACCAAGCUACCUGCAUUCCUCGGUCCCUCCGGAACGCCCUCAGUAAUCCUAACAUCAUCUACACUGGAGUUCGUAUAUCCGGUGACACAAAGAAGCUUUACAAGGACUAUGACUUGGAGACAUCUUGUGAAGCAGAUAUUGCAAGUCUAGCUGCACAAGCAUUUGAUCACAAUGAAUUUAAGAGAUCCGGAUUGAAGACUCUAGUGGAGACUAUUAUUGGGGAAGAAUUGGAAAAGCCAAAGUGUGUGACUAUGAGUAACUGGGAUGCUAAGUACCUUACUCCUGCUCAAGUGAAGUAUGCUUGUGUUGAUGCUUAUUAUUCAUAUAAACUUGGAAAGCUACUUAGAAUUAAUGUGAACUAG